UUUGACGCUGUUCGCUGGAAAAAUUUGCACGUCUCGUGAAAAAAUUUUUAAAACGCCGAAUUUAGUGGAAAAUUUGAAAAAUAUUAACAAAUUUUAUGUGCCUUUACAUGCUAAAGUGGUAAAUUUGUGUUUGCAAUAGAAUUUAUUCAUGAAGAAGAAGAAAUUAUUGAUGAAAAAAUGUGUGCGAAAAUCUACCUAACAUGUAGAAGCUAGCAGGAGUCCCUGCUUGUACAUAUACAAAAAAAUUCCAAGUAUAUAAGGCGCCGUGCGAAAAACAGAAAAAAAAUUGUGCACGCAAGUGGGAGAGGUAGUAGAAAAAGCGAGAGCCGAAUAGGAAACGAAAGCGUGUGCCGAAAACAGAGCGUAAACAAGUGCUGAAAGCAAAUAAUAAAAUAAUAACAAAACAAAAACAGCCGAGGAAUAGAGUAGCACAGAGGAGGCAACCGGCUAUAUUGAAAACGUGCGACGGCGGCGUUGUGAGUGUUGUGUUUUGUUUUCCACAACGCCAUGUCGCAAAAUCAAAACAAACAACAUUUACAACAACAACUUGAGCAUCACCAACUACAACAGCAGCAGCACCACCACCAUCAGCAACAACUUCUACACCAUCACCAUCAGCAGCAGCAGCAUCAACAAAGGCAAUGGCACCAACAAUACCAACAACAACAGUUACAUCAUCAACAUCAGCAGCAGCAGCAGCAACAACAACAAGCGCAAUAUGCUGCCGCCGUGGCAGCGCAUGCACAUGUUGCUUCAGCUGCCGUUGCUACUGGCAUGAGGGGUGGUAAUGGAAUGCCCGGAAUGUUUGGAAAUAGUCUUGGUAGGGGUGGCUGUUUAUAUGAAACGAAUGGUAGUAGUCUCGUUGGUGGUGGCAGCGGCGUCGGCAGCUUUGACCUUGAUUUGGCUGGCCAUCAUGUGGGUAGUGGAAAUGCCUCUAUUGCGGGAACGUCUACAGCACCAGUUGUUGGUAUAAGCGUUGCUAGUGCGGUAGGGGGCGGUUAUAUGCCGACGCAUGUCAAUGUUUCUUCUGUCGCCGGUGGCGGCUACAAUGCCGGUAUGUCUGGCAUGUCUGCGGCUAGUGAAAGUGUAAGAAGAGCAAGUGCGGGAGGUUGUGUAUAUACACAGCAACAACAACAACAACAUGCUAUUUUGCCACCGGAAAGAAUAAAAAUGGAGCCACUAGAACAAAUACUAACACCAACUAUUCAAAUGGAGGAAUUGAUUAUAAAGACCGAACCAACAGAUGAUGCAUAUAAUAAAGUUAGUACGGUCGAUGAAGCCAUAGCUACAGGAAGUACAAAUAUGCAUCCUAACGCUGGUUACAUGAAUUUUCCGAAACAUCUACAACCAUAUCCUCAGCAUCAACAGCAACAGCAACAUCAACAACAGCAACAACAACAACAGAAACAACAACUGCAGCAGCAACAACAACACCAACAGCAGCAACCGCAACAGCAAAUGCUAUCGCACGAUGCUAUGGCUGAAGCCGGCUUGUUAACGGCAAAACUUGAACCGCAAAUAAACAUCAAAGAAGAGAUGCCUGAAGCUUCGCAAAAUAAGCCGCUCAAUUUUCCGCGCCGAAAAGUGCAAACGGAACGUUCUGACACUUUGCCAAUUUGCCAACGCUGCAAGCAGGUCUUCUUCAAGAAGCAAAGUUACACCAAACACGUUUCUCAGAGUCUCUGCGAAAUUGUCGAAUAUGACUUUAAGUGUUCUAUAUGCCCCAUGUCGUUCACGUCGAACGAAGAGCUGCAAAGCCACGAGCAACUCCAUCGUGAAAAUAUGUAUUUUUGUCACAAAUACUGUGGCAAAUAUUUUGACACCAUUGAACUGUGCGAGGUGCAUGAGUAUAUGCAACACGAAUAUGUCAAUUAUAUCUGUAAUGUUUGUUCUGCUGGUUUCGCCAGCCGUGAUUUGCUUUUCGCUCAUAUGCCGCAGCAUCGCAAUCAACCGCGCUAUGAUUGUCCGAUAUGCCGUUUGUGGUUUCACACACCAAUUCAGUUGCAUCAGCAUCGCUUAGCAGCGCCAUAUUUUUGUGGCAAGUUUUACCGUCGAGGAGGAAUGCCCGCUGGCGUCCCUUAUGGCUCGGUGCCGCCAUCAAAUGCAGCUAAUUAUAAUCUCCAAGACUGUUCGAUGGGCAUUAUAGAAACAGUGCCCGGCAGUAAUAGUUUUUCCUCAUAUCUGCAAAAUCGAGCCUUUCACCAUCAGCAUCAACAGCAACAGCAGCAUCACCCUCAACAGCAUCCACCUCAACAACAUCCAGCACAGCAACAACAUCAGGUGCAACAACACCUGCAGCGCCAACAGCAGCAGCUUCACCUUCAACACCAACCACAUCUUCCACCACCACAACAACAUUCUGCACCUGCUCAGCCAAAUUUCAUGCGCCGCAGUAGCAGUGGCAACAUUAGUGGCAGUGUAGGUGGCGCUGUCGGCAGCGCAAGUGAAUUUCAAAUGCCUCAAAUUAAAACCGAAAUAAAAAUCGAACCUGACAUCUUUGACUCGCCCGAAUAUCCUCUACAAACGCCUUUGCCACCCCCGCCUCCACCGCCACCUCCAUUAAGUGCACAAAAGUCUGCGCUGCCAUCACCAUCACGGCAGCAUCGUUAUAGCGAUUUCUCAAAUGAAUCCUUUGGCGGUGGUGGUGACAGCUCACUUUCAUUUGGCGGAUUGAACAACAAUAGCGGCGGUAGCAAUAGCAACAGUAAUGACUUCUUAAAUAGCAACAACACCAACUUGCAACGUACCUUGAGUACCAACGAUAACGGCAACGGCAAUGGCAAUGGCGGCAGCACAAAUCAGCAAACGCCAUUCAAUACUGGCAAUUUUCAUUUCCCAACUACACCGGCCAUAUCGCGUACGCGUGUAGUCGAUACGGGUGAGGAUGGGGCAGUAUGUUGUGUGCCACAUUGUGGGGUCACCAAGCAAUCCAGUCCCACUCUACAAUUCUUUACAUUCCCGAAAGAUGAAAAGUAUUUGCAUCAAUGGUUGCAUAACCUCAAAAUGUUACCCGAGCCCGGUUCGACAUACAGCCAAUAUCGUAUUUGUAGCUUACAUUUUCCAAAACGUUGCAUCAAUCGGUAUUCGCUUUGCUACUGGGCGGUGCCCACAUUUAAUUUGGGUCACGACGAUGUGGCGAAUUUAUAUCAGAAUCGCGAAAUUACCAACACUUUCACGAUUGGCGAUCGCGCACAAUGCAGUAUGCCUGGUUGUCCGAGUCAACGUGGUGAGAGCAAUUGCAAAUUCUACAAUUUCCCCAAUGACAUGAAAACACGCAUCAAAUGGUGCCAGAAUGCGCGGUUGCCAGUGCAUAGCAGAGAGCCGCGCCACUUUUGCAGUCGUCAUUUUGAAGAUCGAUGCUUUGGCAAAUUUCGACUGAAGCCUUGGGCUGUACCCACACUUCACUUGGGCACGCCAUAUGGCAGAAUACACGAUAAUCCAGGUGUAUUCUAUUUGGAGGAGAAAAAAUGCUGUCUUCCACAUUGUAAGCGCACACGCUCGUCCGAUUUCAAUUUAUCUUUGUAUCGCUUCCCACGCGACGAAGUGUUGUUGCGUCGUUGGUGCUAUAACUUGCGCCUAGAUCCGGCAAUAUAUCGCGGGAAAAAUCACAAAAUUUGCAGCGCACACUUUAUCAAGGAAGCGUUGGGUUUGAGAAAACUAUCACCAGGUGCAGUACCAACCUUGAAUUUGGGUCAUAACGAUCGCUUUAACAUCUAUGAGAACGAGUUGCCCACACCGCCAGUUGCACCACCAUCCAAAGUUUUUAACUUCCAUAAUGUAUCUGCGCCACCUUCGGCCUACAACAGCCAUCGACACAGCGCUGCCUCGAGCAGCAGCCACAGUGAUAGAAUGUACUCCAACCCAGUUUCAGGGCUAAAGUUCAGCAUAUCAAAUAUUACAGCGAGUGAUGUGAGUGCCAUGAGCGCAACUUCCACUCAAAAUAUGCUGGAUAGCUUGGACAUAUGCUUUGUGCCAAGUUGCAAGCGCAAUCGCCACACAGAUAACGUAACACUGCACACCAUACCGCGGCGUCCAGAGCAAAUGCGCAAGUGGUGUCAUAAUCUGAAGAUCGGAAUCGAAACGCUACAUAAGGGUGUACGCAUCUGCAGCGCGCACUUCGAGCCCUAUUGCAUUGGUGGUUGCAUGCGCCCGUUUGCGGUGCCUACUUUGAACUUAGGACACGACGAUCAAAAUAUCUAUCGCAAUCCUGAUGUUAUUAAGAAAUUAAAUAUACGUGAAACCUGUUGUGUGCAAGACUGCAAACGGAAUCGUGAUCGUGAUCAUGCCAAUCUACAUCGUUUCCCAUCGAAUUAUGAAAUGCUUACCAAAUGGUGCGAGAAUCUGCUGAAACCAGUGCCGGAUGGUACCAAGCUUUUCAACGAUGCCAUAUGUGAAGUGCAUUUUGCAGAUCGCUGCAUACGCAAUAAGCGUUUGGAGAAGUGGGCUGUGCCAACUAUAAAACUGGGACAUAUGGAGGAGCCCAAGCAUCGUUUGCCGACCGAGGAAGAGAUCGCUGAGCAGUGGCCUAAGCCAAUGAUGCCUAAUAAGGGUAUCGAAGAGGGUGAGUGUUGCGUGUCGACAUGUCGUCGCGACCCCAAAGUUGAUGAUAUCAAGCUUUAUCGCACACCCGAGGAUCCGGAUGCGUUGGCCAAAUGGGCGCAUAACUUGCAAGUGGAUACCGAAGACCUCACAACGCUGCUCAUUUGUAAUUUGCACUUUGAAGAGCACUGCUUUAGCAAAAAGCGGCGCCUGCACUUUUGGGCUUUGCCCACAUUGAAUUUGGCAAACAACGUGGAACAAUUGUAUGAGAAUCCAGAGCCACUGGUACCCCAGGUGAUCAUGAAGGCGGAAUCAAAACGCGAACGACGUCGCAUGCGCGAUCCCAACGAACCCUUGAAGCCAUGGACACCACGUUGCUGUCUGCCCCAUUGUCGUAAGCGGCGUAGUACGGACUGCGUGCAACUCUUCCGCUUUCCAAUACUCAAUCGCCCUAUGUUAGCUAAGUGGUGUCACAAUUUGCAGCUUCCUCUGGUGGGUAAUGGCCAUCGUCGCUUGUGUUCAACACAUUUCGAGCCACAGGUGCUCUCCAAGCGCUGUCCAAUACCAAUGUCAGUGCCUACGCUUGAUCUGAAUACGCCACCAGGCUAUAAAAUUUACACAAACCCAGCUCGUCUGAAAGCUGUCAAAUUGCGCAUGCAACAAGUCUGCUGCAUUGCGUCAUGCAACCGCACACGCGCCGAUGGCGUACAACUCUUUCGCUUCCCACACAGUCGCACGGUUCUGCGCAAAUGGUGCCACAAUACGCGUCAACAAGCGCGCGAGGCCAUACGCGGCCAAUAUCGCGUUUGCUCGCGUCAUUUUGAGCCACAUGCGUUUGGCGCGAAACGCUUAAUGCCUGGCGCAAUACCAACGCUGAAUCUGGAUCCGGAAGUUGAAGACGUGUUUGCAAAUGAAGCGCAAAGCUUUGCUGAAACGCAAUGUGUCGUUAACGGUUGUGUCGCUAGCAAAGAGUUAGAUGGCGUGCGGCUGUUUAAAUUUCCCAGCGAUGAUGAAGAUUUGUUAUGGAAAUGGUGUAAUAAUUUGAAGAUGAACCCAAUAGACUGUCGGGGCGUACGUAUCUGCAAUCGUCAUUUCGAGGCAGAAUGUGUGGGUCCGAAGAUGCUCUACAAAUGGGCUGUACCAACAUUAGCUUUGGGCCAUAAUGAUGCGGAUAUUGAGCUGGUGCCAGUGCCAGCGCCAGAGGCUCGUUACAACGAUGUGAUCACCAAAUGUUGUGUACCAACAUGCGGGAAAACACGUAAAUAUGACGACGCGCAAAUGAAUAGCUUCCCUAAAAACUUGCGAUUAUUCCGUUGCUGGAAACACAAUCUAAAAUUGGACUAUCUCGAUUUUAAAGACCGCGACAAAUAUAAAAUUUGCAGUGAUCAUUUCGAGCCAGUCUGUUUGGGCAAAUUGCGUCUUAACUACGGUGCAAUACCAACGCUCAAUCUUGGCCAUGACGACAUAGACGACCUAUAUCCAGUUGACCCAGCGCAAAUACAAGUCUCGCUCUUCGGCAAAAUUCGUCCGCGCAUUUUCAGCGAAAAAGAUGCAGCUGAUUUUGAUGUGUCUGGUGUGGGAGCAGAGAAGGAGGAUGAAGUUAAAUGCUCCUACCCAGAUUGUAGUGCAACAAAAAUGCUGCUCCGCGAACCGUAUGAUAUGCCAGCCGCCUUACCGUUACAUGCGCUUUGGUGCGCACAAAUGAAAGUCGAUGCGGAAGCGCUUAGCGAAACCCCAAAGCUUUGCGGUUUGCAUUUUAUAAAACUAUACAAAUCUACUUUAGACGCGGCUAAUGCAUUGGCCGAUGGCGAUGAUGAACUGAGCGAGGCCAUGAAAUCUUUGGCGGCAACUUAUGAGAAAUGUUGUGCGUCGCCGACGGUGUGCAGCGCUCAAUGCAGUGUUGUCGGCUGUGGCAGCAAUCAAGUAAGCGGUAGCCGUACAGCCCAACGCCUCUACCUUUUCCCAGCAGCGGCAAGUAGUGGUACAGAAUUAAUUGAAAAAUGGUGCAACAAUGUGGGCGUUCAGGCGUCCGAUUUGAGCCGCUAUCAACAUAGAGUGUGCGCGCGACACUUCGAGCCGCAAUGUAUAGGCCCAACACAACGUUUGCGCUCAUGGGCCCUACCUACUUUGCAUUUAAAACACAAAGCCGAGAGUGAAAUACAUUCUAUUCCGGAAUUGGGCAGCGCUGCACGUCCACAUGAAGCGCGCUGCUGUGUAGCCACGUGUGCACGGGAGCGUGGCGAUUUUGAAACAAUGCGUCUUUUCAGUUUUCCCAUCAUUGAAGAGGUUCUCGAAAAGUGGCUGCACAACCUGCAGUUGACACGCAACCAGUGCGCUCGUCUGCGUAUCUGCGAACAACAUUUCGAGCCGCGCUGUAUUAUGAAGUCACGUCUAUUGCGUUGGGCAGUGCCAACAUUGCUCUUGGAGAGGAAGGCAGAGGAGCUGUUACAGAACGAACCACCACCUGCUGCAACACCAGCUACACAACCAACUGAUGAGGUAGAUGCCGCAAGCAACAUAGACGAUGAUGAGGACGAUGGCAGCGGCGAAUUAGCUGCAGUACCUAAUGUGAAGAUGAAAAAAUCAUUGGAUAUUGCCAAGUGUUGUGUGCCAAGCUGCAAACGCAGUCGCCUUCAACACGGUGUACGUCUGUUCCCGUUUCCAGUAAGCCACCAAAUUAUACGCAAGUGGUGUUACAACCUAAAAUUGUCACUCGACAAAGCCACCAAAGAUCCAACAUUAAGAAUAUGCAGCUUACACUUUCACAAGCGUUGUAUCGACGGCAAGGAACUGCGACCGUGGGCUAAGCCAACCAAUGCUCUCGGCCACAACGGUCCUAUCUAUGAGAACCCCAAAAACCUUCCGGGGGUAUUUCUGCCCAAAUGCUGUUUGGCACAUUGCCGUCAACGGCGUACAUUGGAAAAUGAUUUACGUACAUUUGGCUUUCCGAAGGAUGAGACCCUUUUGCGCAAGUGGUGCGCGAAUUUGCGUAUGGAGCCACGAGGAAAUCAUGCGCGCAUUUGUAUGACGCACUUUCCACCCGAGGCUAUGGGCAACAAGAAGCUUCGAGCUAAUGCGGUGCCUACGUUAAACUUAGGACACAACGAACCUCUCGAAUUUGACAAUAAGCUUUUGAUUGCGACCUCACCAUCCGGAUUAAAGGCUAGAAAUCCUCUGGAGAAUAAGAAAGCGAGCCGUUCUGAUGACAGCAAUGCUGACCAGGAUGAGGAGGAUGAUGAUAAUGAGGACGACGAUGAUGAUGAUGAAGAUUAUCGCGUCGACGAAGAAGACGAGGAGAAUGAUUUCUAUGCUUCUGCCGGUGUUGUCAAUAGCGAUGAAGAGGAAGAGGAAAAUGUCGAAGAUUUUACUCCGAGCGUUAGUGCCGCCACUAACGAUGAUGAUGAAAUGUACAGCAAUGCCGAAGUUAACGAUAAAGCCAACUACAAUGACGACUCGGACGACGAUGAUGAUGAUGAAGAUGAGAAUAUUGAAGAUAUCUAUGGCAAUGACGACGAUGAUGACGACUCCGAAGAGGACAAUGAAAGCGUUGCCGAAAAUGUUUACAACGACGAUGAGGAUGAUGACGAUGAUGAUAGCGAAAAUGAGGAUAACGAGGAAGACAAUAACGAAGACAGCAAGGACGCAGAGGUUGAUGAUGAUGAUGUGGAAAUGCUCAUCGACGAUGACGAUGAUAAGAGUAGCUACAAUGCAUGUGAUCCACUCGAUUUUGUUGAUUGUGUAAAUCAAAGCGAAGGUACACUGAGACGGGGAACGUCAAACGCGUUAGCAAAACGCAGUAGCAUGCGCGUAACAAGCAAACAUACACAAAAAAGACCAAUAUCCACUUCACCCACACACUUUGAGGAUGAUUCCAACACGAACUACAGCAAUGCGGAUGAAACAACACGUUUUACUACCACCACUUCCAACUCGCCAUCCGCUUCAGCGACCAUAUCGCCUGUUUCAGUUUCGGCAUCCGCAUCGUUGUCGACGGCACAUCAUUGUGGCGCAGAGAAAAUAAGUCGUUCGGUUUUUCGGCUUUCUUGCCUCAGACAUCGUAGGAAGAAGAAAGCUCCUCCAGAUCCGCCACCUGACCAACAAAGUACGCACAAAAGCAACGGUGCGCCGCAAACAUAUCAGAUGAUGAUGCGUAAGAUGCGUAAGUCACAUGGCGACAUGUGGCGGCGACGGAGCGCUCAUUGUGCUGUCGAGCGUUGCAGACGCGCGCCUCGCGCUGGAUUGGCUUUGUACCGUUUUCCGCCUACAGGCAGCCGCUUCUGCCGUCGUUGGUGCGCUUUGCUGGGCGCAAGAACGUCAGAAGCAUCAAAUUUACGCAUAUGCCCGCGACAUUUUGCUUAUAGCUUAGUGGAUCGACGGCGCCGUUGCUUGCGUUUUGGCGCAAUGCCGACACGCCACUUGCAUAGUACCGCAAGUGCUGGUAGAAUCGCUGCAGUUAAUGCAACAACUUAUGCUUCACAAAAAAGUACGAAACGAUUAAAAAAUUAUACUGAAAAAUCAAAACGCGCCACAGCGGAAUCGAAUCAAGCCCAAUCCGCGCAGCUUAAUGCUUAUAAUCGUUGCUGCGUACCGCAUUGCGGUAAAUCUCAUCAAGUUGAUGGUGUGACAUUGUUUCGCUUUCCUCGCCUGCGAUCACUUUAUCUGCAAUGGGCCACUUAUUUGCGGCUGGUGCCUACUUCGCGCUUGGUGCAAGUCUAUAAGGUAUGCAGUGAGCAUUUCGACCCCAGUUGCCUCAAUUACCAGCGCAAUGAUCGUGCAACACUUAAGUACGGUUCUGUGCCAACACUGAAAUUGGGCCAUGAGGAUGAUUUGAAAAUCUUUGGAGAUAAAAAUCUAUUACCGCAAAAGCGGCGCAAGGUUGGCAAGCGCAAAUGGUAUCCACAAAAGGGUGUAAACGAGUGCGCCGUGCACGAUUGCAAAGUGGCACAAUUUCUGCAGAUGCAACUUUUCCCAUUGCCCAAUUUACUAAAGUUACAAGAACGUUGGUGUAAUUACUUCAAUUUAAAUUUCAGCAACACGGGUGGCAAUGAGUCGGAGUUCUUCCAGAAUGUGCGCUUCUGUGCCCUGCACUACAUGGAAGGCUAUCAAAUGGCAACGCACAAUGAUGGCGCGCGCAAAGCCAAAUCCACCGCUUUAGAAGAGUUAGAGGCAAAUUAUGCGCGCAUCACGAGCUCAACGCGCAUUCAAAUGCUAAAAUGUUGCGUACCCAAUUGUUCGACGAAAUUCACCGACAACGUGCGUUUGACUGCGUUUCCCAGUUCGGAAGAGUCUCGCGCUAAAUGGCAACACAACACGCAGGUGUCAUUUAGUCCAUCGCAUCGCUAUCUGUAUAAGGUAUGCGCGCUGCAUUUCGAGGAACGCUGUUUCGCUAAAAAACGCCUGUUCAUGUGGGCCAUUCCGACACUACAUCUUCCUAAAGCGCUGAAUCAGGAUCCAGAGCAUAAGAUAUUUGAAAAUCCCAGUGUGGAUGUUGUAGGCACUGCGCAUUGCUGCGUCGAAGAUUGCGAAAUGGACGCUGAGAAACAGAGCCAAGCAGCAAAUAACGAGGGAAAAGUGGGCGGCACGAACACGCGCUUAUGGCAUUUUCCGCAAGACAAUGCGUUGCGUGAGAAAUGGUGUCACAAUUUAGGACUUAGCGCACAAGACAUAAGUCACACAAGUCGUCGCUGGCGCAUUUGCAGCCGACAUUUUGAGACGUAUUGCAUUGGUAAGACGUUGCGAAGCUGGGCGGUGCCAACACUGCAUUUACCCAAACCAGACAAGCAUGCAAAGUCCGGCAAACGCUCCACAUAUAUUUACCAAAAUCCCGACAGUGCUGCGUUUUUUUAUAGCUGCUGCAUUAAGACUUGCCGUCAACAGCGUGAUGUGGAUGCUGGCAUACGCCUCUACGGUUUCCCCAAAAAAGAUACAAUGCUGCAAAAAUGGGCGCAUAAUGUGCGCAUGCCUGCCGUGAAAUGCCGUUACGCACGUAUUUGUACACUACACUUUGAAGCACAAUGCUUACGUCCGCAAAUGCAGCCCUGGGCGUUGCCCACAAUCGAUUUAGGACACGACGAAGCGGAUAUAUUCCGCAUGCCAAAGGUAAGGCUAAUGGUGACGAAUGAACGUUGCUGUCUGCCGCACUGCAAUAAACGACGUAGUCGCGACAACGUGCAUCUCUUCACUUUCCCACGCGACAAACAGGUGUUGGAUAAAUGGUGGCACAAUUUAGCGAUUGGUGUGCAGGAUGUGAAGCGGCGACUGAUUUGUGACUCGCACUUCGAGCCGCGCUGUAUUAGCAUGCGCCGACUGAAACGAUGGGCCAUACCAACUCUCAAUUUGGGACAUAAAAACGAAACGCUGGAGAACCCAACUCCCGCUGAAAUACUGGCUAAUGAAAGUACCGCAUCAUCACGACGCUCACAAACACCAUCGAAGAUGGCACGCACGAAAAAAAAUCAACUAGCGCUUUCAGGCAUUACACAGAAAUGUUCCAUAAAUGGCUGUAUGCGAGAUGCUGACUCUAGCUUGCUUUAUCGCUUCCCUACACCGGAUUGGUUGCGGCAGAAAUGGUGUGAAAAUACUCGGCUAACUGAGGAGGCAGCCAAGCAGGCAAUGGUUUGUGCACGUCACUUCGAGCCGCACGUAAUGGGCAAUCAUAAACCGCGACCAUGGGCACUGCCCACUAUGGAGCUGGGCGUAGAUGAAAACGGCCUACCUUUGCAGCCUAUACACAUGAAUCCAAAGCAAUUUGCGCGCGUCCAUCCUGAAGAGCAUAAAUGGGGCGAGUUAAGAUAUGUGCGCGCCAACCAUUGCUCCAUAAUCUCGUGCAUGAAAUCGAAGUCGGACGGAGUGACACUAUUUAACUACCCCACAAAGCGCCAUAUGUUGGACAAAUGGGCCGAGAAUUGUCGCCACUACCCGUAUCAGGCCAAACGCUAUCGAUUCCAGCUAUGCGGCGCACAUUUCACCGCCGAUUGUUUCAAACGUGAAGGCACACGUUUGCGCAAAGGCGCUGUACCAACACUCAAUUUGGGUCAUGACGAUCCGCAGAUUCAUCAGAGUGAAUUCGAAAUUACCACAGUGCCACAAAUUGACGAGACACCGAUAAAGCGUUGCAGCGUGCCGCAAUGCAAUCGCACACAAGAACACGAUGGCGUGCGGCUCUUCAAGUUUCCUUAUGAACGCGCUGAGGUUUUGGAAAAGUGGUGCCAUAAUUUGCAUAUGAACGCUGGGGAAUGUCAUCAUGCACUUAUUUGCAAUAUGCAUUUUGAGCCACGUUGCAUCGGUGGCGGCCGUUUGUUGCUGCGCGCCAUACCGACGAUGCUACUGGGGCACAAUGAUUCGGAUAUCUUCCAUAACCCAGAGUCAUUUGAGCGGCCAGAAAAAUUGAUAAGCUGUUGUGUGCCUGGCUGUAGUAAUACCAAACAAACGACAGGCGUGCAAUUGAGCGCCUUUCCAAAGUUUCGCAGCCAGUUUGAGAAAUGGGCGCACAAUUUGCGUUUGCCAGUCACAUCAACCGUUUGGCAUACCUACAAGGUUUGCAGCGAACAUUUUGAGAGCUACUGCUAUGAGCAUGGGCGUAUAAAAGUCGGGGCGAUGCCGACGCUUAAACUGGGGCAUGAUAAUACUAGUGAUUUGUACACCGUAAGCGAAGAGACGAUGAGCCAUGCUUUUAAGCGCAAGCGCGUGGCUCCUAAGAAUGAAUCGCCAAGAGCGCCGCAGGAGGUGUGUUGCUAUCCAGAUUGCAAAGAGAUGGAAUUACGUUUGACGAACCAGCUCUUUGAGCCCCCUAAAUUAGAUGCCCUUAGGAGUAAGUGGUUUGAAAGUAUUGGUUUGUGCGAUGAGAAGGAAGCUGAUGAAAAGUCCAUGGCCAAUAAAGAAGAGACAGUUAAGAUGCCGGAAAAUAUAGUCGCAGUAAAAACUGAAGACGGAGAAGAAAUCAAGAAAGAGGACGAUGAUAAAGUUGCAAUGCCAUUUAAACCUACUAAAAACUCGCGCAAAUUAUGCCCAAUGCAUUUCAAAUUACUCUACACAAAACAUAUGCCCACGCUUACGGCGCUGCGUGCUGAAAAUCAACCGGAAACUAUGAAAUGCCUUCAAAAGCUGGAGGAGACCUUUACAAGAGUCUGCGAUUUAUCAUGCGUACGCCGCAUUAGCUGUGCCGUACCCGGUUGUAAUUCAAAUUAUCUCACCACCGAGUCUGUCAAGUUCUUCAAAUUCCCCGAUAAUCCGGAGUUGCGAGCCAAAUGGUGCCACAACACCCAAGUGACGGUCGAUCCGGACCGACUGUAUUGCUACAAAAUAUGUGAUCUACAUUUCGAGCCGAUCUGUGCUAGUAAACCGGAUAAGAAGUUGCAACGUUUGAAAAUGUGGGCUAUUCCAACACUAAAUCUACCGCCACGCGUUGAAGGGAUGCCCAAAAUAUAUCCGCUACCAGCACCCGAAACUGUAGCCGAUUCAAAACGUGCUUCAUUGCUUUUGCAAACGGCAAUCAACAAAUGUUGUAUACCGACUUGCGUGCAUGCGAAAACACCCGAAGAGCGCGAAGAAAGCGCUGAUAGCGAUGUACAAUUUUUCAACUUUCCCAACUAUGCCGAACUGCUCUACAAAUGGGUAUACAAUACACAAAUUAGUAUGGUGUCAGCUACGCAUGCGCGCAUAUGCUCACUGCAUUUUGAAAAGCACUGUAUUAAUAAGCGUUUACGCAUGUAUGCAGUGCCCACAUUGCUUCUGGGUCAUAAUAAAACCGAUAUCUAUCAGAAUCCGUCGGACAAAAGAAUGCUUGCAGAAGUGGAGAGCAAACCAGAAGAGACGGAGAAGGUGGUCAAGGAUGAGAGGGUGAAAAAAUCCGAGGUUACUAAAGAUAAAACCGAUACGUCUCAUGAACGGCAGUCACGCCAAGCACUCAAACCUGCAAGUGCGGAAAAAUCAGAUGAUAAGCAGCCUGUUGAACGUUCAAUUGCGUUGAAAGAAGAAACGAAAGAGAUCGCGAACAACAGUAAAGUCGUUACGCCUGUAGAAACUUCAACGCAAAAACCAUAUCAUAAACCAUUUCCACUAAACAUAAAACAAGAAAAAGAUCUGGACGAAGCCGAGGAGGAUAUCGAGAGUCAAAUGAAACAAGGAUUGCUUGAUAUGUUCAAUAGCUUCGGUGACACGGGUGACCAAGAGAAUGAGGACGCCCCCGAUUUAGGUGAGUCCACGCAAGUCGAACACAAUACAGCGCGUCAUUGUCGCAUUCACGGUUGCGAUAGCUACGCACGCGACCCCGGCGUGACGCUCUUCAAAUUUCCCUUUGCUCUUGAUCAGUUCCGUAAAUGGCUACACAAUACCCAAUUGGAGGUGGACUAUACACGUCGUUGGCGUUAUCGCAUUUGUCAACGUCAUUUCGAGCCGAUUUGCCUACAAUUUCGCAAAUUGCCGCUCGGCUCCAUGCCAACAUUGAAUUUGGGUAGUUCGCGUCCGUUGCACAUUUACGAAAAUGAAUUCGAUGCAAAUUGUCUAAAGAAAUAUAAAACUAGACCUCAAGCAGCAGCUAUUGGUACCAACAUUAGUGAGCUGAACGAAGAAGCCGAAACGAAUAGUUCUUUCGCAGCUGCUAUUCAUCAUGAAAAUGCGGACGCUGGCGAGCAUAGCGACAAGUAUAUGGAUUUCGUAAAUAACACGCCGAUAGACCGCGAUACCUCGCGCCAUUGCCGCAUUCCCGAUUGUGAUAGCCACGCCAAAGAUCCUGGCGUUACGCUUUUCAAAUUUCCACUCUCCGAAUACCUCUUCCGCAAAUGGCUACACAAUACCCAACUUGAGGUGGACUAUUCGCGCCGUUGGCGCUAUCGUAUUUGCCAGCGUCACUUCGAUCCGAUUUGCAUGCAAUUUCGCAAAUUGCCUCCCGGCACAAUGCCAACACUAAAUUUGGGUCCUUCGCGCCCGCCACGCAUCUAUGAAAAUAGUUUCGAUGUAAAUCAUUUAAAGAAAUUUAAAACUAAACCGCCGGCCACAGCAAGAAAAUCAAAAAUUUCUACAAAAUCAAUUACGACACCAAAUGAUGACUUCAACGAAGAAUCAGAAACAUAUGCGGCUGCUAACAAUACACAAUUGAUGCCUUACACAGGUGCAGAAGGACUAUCAAACACAAGCGGUUCACAGUCGCCGCUACUAGCUUGUACUAUACGCAAUUGCACGAGCAAGUAUCACGAACUGCACGAAGGCAUACAUUUGCACAAGUUGCCGACGAAUGCUAUGUUGCGCGAGAAGUGGAUCUACAAUUGUCGCUUCGAUGAAGACACACUUUUCAAUGUGGGACCACGCAUACGCAUUUGCACACUCCAUUUUUCACCCAACUGUUUCUACGGUGUUAAACGCCAAUUGAAGCUCGGUUCGGUGCCCACUUUACGUUUGGGCCACACGGAUCCCAAUAUCUAUUCAGAUGGUUUUUCCAAUUCGAAAGAAACAAUGCUAGACAGUCAACGUUCACGGCAAACGCAGUUAACAUCAGAAACAGUGCAUGAUAUUUGCUGUCUAAUCAACUGCAAACACAGUAGACGUGAGUACACGCGGCAUUUUGCUUUUCCAACUGAGAAGAAAAUGCUUGAUAAAUGGCUUAACGCGCUCGGCAUGGAGUUUAAUAGUUCACGCCCAGACGAUUACAAGAUUUGCGAAUGGCAUUUCAAAACAACCGAUUUUGAUGGUGAAGUUUUACGUGCCGAUGCGGUACCCACGCGUUAUUUGAAGAUUGAUGAAAUGAAUCAGACGGACGAUGAAUAUGAUAAUGAUGAUGAUAUGGAUGAUGAGUUGGAGUGGAAUACAGCCGAGGAGCCGCUGGAUGAACGACCAUCGACCUCCGCGGCAGCAGCUGCCGUAGCGGCGACUGCUAACAACUCUGGUGGCUACAAUAAAUUGAUUCCUGGCUCACGUAGAUGCUGUCUGGCACAUUGUCGUAAGCAACUGUUUCAAGAUAACGUGCGCACAUUUAAGUUCCCUACAAUGAAUGAACAAUUCGAGAAAUGGGUACAUAAUUUAGGCAUUAAAUACGAUGGGGAUGCACCUUGGCGCUAUCAAAUUUGCAGUGAACACUUCGAAAGUCAUUGCAUUAUACAUUACGAAAACAAAGCGAAAUUGUUUAGGUGGGCCGUACCCACCUUGAACUUAGGCAAACAUGCGCCAGCUAUUCUAUUCACAAAUGACAAGUCUAAAAAACAACAACAACAACAUCAAAAAGAACCCGAUUAUGAUCGAGUUUAUAGAAAUGCUAAUGCAGGAGUCUAUGCUGAGGGCUCACACAAUGAGGAGACAAUGGACACGACAAAUGAUGAAAGCUCCACCGCGUUGCCUAUGGAAAUGCCAAAGCAUGUGGCUUACCAGCAAGAAGAUAUGGAUUUGCUUGCACCAAUUGAACGCCAACCGCCCAAAUUAAGCUCCAUAACGAAACAUAGUACUUACGCUUAUACAGCAAGCGAUGAAGAUGGCGAUGAUUACGGUGAUGAUGACGAUGAUGAUGAUGCAUAUGAUGGUGAAAAUUCACUAUUGAAUGUUAUACGCGAAGAAAAGCUGAAUCCCGUGAAAGAGCGCGCGCCACCUUCGUCAUUCUUCUCAUUGACGCUGGUGCGUGGCGGUUCCGCAAAAAUACGUGCUUGCUGUCUGCCACAUUGCGGCCGUACACGUCAAUCCGGUGUACGUUUAUUCCGUUUUCCAACGGAGCCCGUCUUCCUGCAACGUUGGGAAUAUAAUCUGCGCGUGCGCUUCAACGAGACACAGCGAAAUACCCAUUUGAUAUGUAGUGCGCAUUUCGAACGGGGACAAUACAAUAAACGCUUAGUGGUAGAUGCUAUACCAACGCUAAACUUGGGGCAUAACAGUACGGAUAUUUAUCGAAAUGGGCAGUAUGAUCCAUUAAAAAUUAAUAGGCGUGCCGUAUCACCAGCACGAAUGCAGCCUACAAGCAGUAUGGGCAGCUUGAUAUCCAGCCAAAAGCCACUCAAAUGUAAUGUACCCGCUUGUGGUGACGAACAAACAAAGCGGCGCCUAUUCCCCUUCCCCAGCAAUAAUAUAUUCGUUAAGAUAUGGGCCGAGCGCACACAAAUCGCUUACGAUGCGCGCCAACAUGCCGAAUUGCGCGUAUGUGAAAUGCACUUUGAAAGCGAUUGUUUUGGCGGGCAAGGUCUGAAUAGCAAUGCUGUGCCUACAUUGUGUCUGCCAGCGCCAAUGGCAGUUCCAACGGCUCCAUUGGCACCGGCACCGGUUGCACCAACUACAAAAAUUGUGUCACCCAUUAGCCGAUCAAUAGCACCCCUCACGGCGAUGCCAAAACUCAGCGCAAUCGCCUGCAGUGUAAUCAAUUGCGGCAAUAAUACCGCUACACGCCCGGAUUUGAAAAUAUUCUCGAAAUUCCCAGACGAUUUUGAAUUAUUCACCAAAUGGUGUUUCAAUUUGAAAAUCGAUCCACGCACCUAUGUAGACGGCAGCUAUAACGUAUGCAGCGAACAUUUCGAGUCCUUCUGCAUCGGUGGCCAUAGUCUGCGAGUUUGGGCUGUACCAACGCUGCGUUUGGGGCACAAUAGCAAGCUUAUACACAGUGUGGAACGGCCUGCGGAAAUGGAAAUGAAGUGUUGUCUGCCGCAUUGCGGACGCAAGAAGAGCAAAGAUGGAGUCGAGUUCUACAGUUUUCCUAAAGGUGACCUCUACCGACAAUGGUGUCAAAUACUGAAAAUCGACGAAGGUCUCUACCGCAACACGGACAAGAAAAUAUGCAGCGCUCAUUUCCGCCCCGAUUGUUUCAACAGUAACGGCAGUCUAUCCCUGGGCGCACGUCCAUCCCUGCAACUACGUAAUCGCACCGCCACAGCCACAGCGCAUAUACUCAAACCACCGGCGCCGUAUCGCAGCAAAUGCAUAGUGCGCAUAUGUCAUGAAAUGCAACAACUCUAUAGUUUUCCCGCACAACGCAACCUUUGCACAAAAUGGUGUCACAAUUUGAAAAUCGACUACUAUCCCAAAUUGCAUGAGAAUAUGAAUUUCAAAAUCUGUCGGCGUCACUUCGAACCGAAUUGUCUGUUGAGUGGCGGAAAAUUACAUGCCGAAGCAGUGCCUACCGUACAGUUGGGACACAACGAUAUGAACAUUUAUCAAAAUAUGGUGGGAAUGAAGCAUAGCGCUAGCACGCCCAGCUAUGAUGAUAACAGCAGCUUGCGCACCAGUGUCAGUACUGUGCACACUUGGCUGAUGGACGUCGAUGCGGAGACGAAUGCCCCAAAUGUGCCGAAUGUAGGAACGAGUGGAAUGGCGCGCAUGGAACCGCCCGUUGAUCUUGAACCAAUAACAGUGGCGCCAGAGGUUGUUACCGAUGAUAAUAUCGAUUUGACUGACAGUGCGUAUAUGCAAUUGGAAGAUGACUCUUAUUAUGCGGACUUUGAAGAGCAGCGUUUGUUGCCACAAAGCAGCACUUUUGUUGCCGCUGAGAGUACGGAAGUGAUCGAUUUGGAUGCUGUGGAUGCGGUACAAGAGCAAUUUCCCAAUUGGUCACAGCGCGAUGCAGUGUUGGUGGAUGAUGACGACGAGGAUGAUGAUGCGCUGUUGUGGCCGUUGAAUUGAAUAGUUUUAAGGAGUAACAGUAAAAAUAAUGAAGUUUAGUUAAUUAAGUCAAAAGUUGCAAAGAUAAGCAGAAAAAAAACAGUUAUACUGAACAAGAGAAAUAGAGAGAGGAAGAGAGGAAAAAUAUGAAAGUGCGUGAGUAUCAAACAUUAGACAUAGAGAAAGAGAAAGGGAGAUAUAUAAUAUAUAGUACAUAAAGCUGCAAGGCAGCUUAAAAUUGCAAAUGCAAAUAUGUGCAUGACUUUUGAUUUUUUUACAUGUAUGUCUACUUUAUUUUGUAUAAAUGAAUUCUUACUUAAGCUUACAAAAUAUUUUUUUUUUUAUCUAACGUUUCGUUUCAACUUUCAAUUAACGUUUUCUUAGUUUCUAAAUGCACUCGAAUUUACAUAUUCCAUUUUGACCAUGAAAAAUGUACUAAAUUUUUGUAUUAAUGAAAAUAAAAUUAAAAAAAAAACAGCGAGUAAAAAGCCUACCUAGGAAAAUUUUAAAAUUAUUGGGAUUUGCAUUAAAAAGAAUUUGCUAUAAGAAAAAGUAAAAAUUUAUGCAACGAAGGUGUUAAAGCAGAUAACAGAAAUUGCAUUUUAAAAUUAAAACGCGUAUUUAUUAAGCAGCUUCCACAACAAAUAUUGAAAAUUAUUAGUUAUGCAUGCGUUGUGUACACAAAUAUUUAAUCAGUGUUUUUUUCGGUUUUCGAUGUGCUUUUUAACGUAAGUUUUUUUAUUUAUCCUUUAAAAUGAAAACGAGUAUAGUCCCUAUUAGAAAAACAUUUUGUAUACUUCCUUCCGAAAAUGAUGUUUGUGCUGUUUUGUUUUUCAAAUUUUUAAUAUAUUAAUAAAAAAAUAUCCGAUGAACGAAGAAUUUAAUGCUGCCAAAAUUCAAAAUACUAAACAGUGAUGAACUGGCUGGGUUUUAGAAGCAAACGCAUGCAGAACAGAUUUAAAUAAAAUUGAAAACAAAUUUGAAAAAUGCAGAUAACUAUAAUUUUUUUUUCAAGUUUUAAUGUUUUGGGGUUAAGCAAAAAAUGUUUAUAGCUAAACAAAAAACAAAAAUUAUUUCUGCAAAAUACAUAAAAAUUUGGCAUAUUAAAAUUAAAAAAAAAAAUUGUGAAAAAGUAAAAUACAGUAUCUUCUCGAUAUAUGCAACUAAAUGAAAUUAGAACCAUUCUUUGUCAUCGAGUUGACGUGGCAAAAGCGAUUUUUUUACUUACUAUUUGCAUGGGAAAAUGUUAAUGACCCCUUUUUUAUUUUAAGCUCCUACAUCUAUUUGAGUCAAUCAUGGGAAAGUAAUGUAAAAAAUAUGAACUUCAUUUGUAUUUACAUAUAUUGUAUUUUGUAUUUGCUGUUGUUGUUGUUGUAGCAGCAAAAACGUUUCCCAUACAUGUACGAGGAGUACUGCUGGAGUGACAGUCCUUGGUGGAAAUCGAAUGGAAAAUACAUUAUUUUUAUAUUUUUAAAAUUUUCUAUAGAAAACUCGAAUAGAACAUAUUGAUGCAGUUUCUAAAAACCAAGUAUUUGUGCUCAACAUUUUUUUCAUUUUCUGCUUUAAAGUGUAUAAUUUCAAAGUGUUACGGUUAUAUUGAGAUUUUAAUCAGAAAUCUGGUUACUUUAAGAACAUUUCCUAACAAAAUUAAGAUGAAAAUUAUAACUUAUAAUGGAAAUAUUAAAUAUUGCUAAAAAAAAAAUAUUGAUAGGUUUCCACAAAUUUUCACGGUUAUGUGUUAUUAGUAUAUACCUACAUAUGUAUAUAAUUAUAAAGGAUCAUUCAAAAGUGACGCCUCGAUGUCAGUAGUGAAUAAUUCCUAGUUGGUACCUUUUUUAUGUCAUCUCUGACAUUUGUCAAGUAGAUAGUUGCACAAUUUUAACCAUGGAUACUUGCACGAAAAGACACGUUUUUUAAUUGAAAAGUAAAAUUAAAAUUAUCGAAACUUACUAUUAUAAAAAUGGUCGAUCUUUAAGAACGACUUCGCGCAAGAUUCGUAAUUUUUUUCGGUAGAACUAAUCGUCUGAAUGAAUCGACAAUUCAAGCGCUGGUGAAAAAAUUUCGAGAAACUGGAUCUGAACGUUCUGUUCAGAAUAUUGCUGGUGUUGCUGAAUAACCUGCAACAUCGAUAGCUCGAUGUUCCCGACAAUUAAGGUGCUGCCCCAAUGCAGACUGGCUUUGCUUGCCGUACUUGUUUCGCCUGGCUUUGAUAACUUGUAUGGCCAAAUUGGCGCUUUGAGUGUUGUCACAACAAUCAGCUGAUUCGUAAAAGGAAAAAAGAAACGGAGAUGUUAGCCAUACAUAUGUAUGUAAUAGGGCAUAAUACAUUUUUGACUCAUGAAUGUUAACUGGAAGCCAUGAAAAAAUAUUGUGAAUUUUUCUUUUAAUAGUAAAAAUGGGCAAUGUAAGACGCCAAUCACACCAAUGACGAAAGUUUUGGGUGCGCGAAUUAUAUUUAUAUACCAAAUCAAAUGAAAUGGAAGACAGGGGUAUUCAAUUCCUAAUGUCGAAUGCGCUGCAAAUAGAACAUUGAGCUAUUUGAAACUUCGCCGUACUUCAAGCGCUUCAAGCAAGGCUGCCACUUGGUCUCAUUUCAUACAUUUUUAGUAUUGUUCUAUUCAUUUUGGACAGCAAUCGAAGUCGUGCAAGCAGAUGGUAGCCUGUCAGUCUGCAUUGGGCGUGCGCCUUGAGACCUUCAUGAACCGACUGUUUGGCAGAUUUGACCUGAAGGCCAUGCACGUGGUGGACAUUUAAAUGAUGCCAUUUUUUUACAUAUAAUUGCUAAGAGUCGGAUGUUGAAUAAAAAUAGUGAAAACUAAAGAUUCUAAACAUUUUUUUUUUAUUAUUUUAAAACAACAUCUAGGCGCGUCUUUUGAAAGACCCUUUAUAUACUAUUUUUUUGUUUAAGUUUUGAAGUACCAAUAUGCAUUUAGUAUUCCUUUUUAGUUUCGUACCCUACCGAUAAAAUUACUAAAAUUAUGCGCUUUUAAGCACGAAAAAAACAGUGCGCUUUCUUCCACAAUUUCACUCUGAUUCCAUUUAUAAUUUUCUAUAAUCCUUAUGUACCAUUGAUUGCUAAUUGACAAUAAUCGGUGCUUUUGGGCUCCUCUCUGAAUUGUGUAAUUGUCAUGACAUUUUUGCACCGAAAAAGCAAAAAAUUAGUAUUACAAUUAAUUAUCAUAUGCCUACAUACCUACGUACAUGCAUACAAAUAAACAUACAUAUACGUACAAUAUAUGUAAUUUAUACUUUUUCUUGUUAGCAUUGCACGCCAUAAUAAGUUUUAAGGCCAUCCAACUGUAACAAUAAAAAAAGGUGCAUGCACACAUACAUACAUACGUAUAUGAAGGUACUCCCUUCUACUUCUAAGAAAAGGAAUUCGACUUUUUUUUUAUAUUAUAUAAUGAAAUAUUUUUAAGCUAUGAAUUUAUAUGAUAUAUUUUUCAUAAAAUAUAAAUAUUUUAGCCUGUAUCAUCUUGACAAGUUUUGAAUUUUUGUCUUCAAAGUGAAUAAAUAUUAAAUAAAUACUUAAGAAGUUGCUGGCUUUUUGAGAUCAAAAAACGAUCUGCGUUAUGAGAAGAAGAAUUUUUUGCCAAAACAACGACGCAUUUAGGCUAAAACUUAAGACGUAUUUUGAUGUUGCCACGGAGUUUAAAGCAUGGCAUAUACGAGGUGUGUUCAAAAAUAAGGCGAAAUUUCAUUUUUUUCAAACUCAUCAAUUCCUAUUUCAUCUUCUUCAAAGUAGUCCCCCUCAGAUGUAAUAGUACACUUGUGUCAGCGGUUUUUCCAAUUCUCGAAGCAAUUCUAAUAUGCACUUUUUGGUACGUCCUUGAGCUCUCACCAGCGAUUCCAUUUUUGUCUCCUCAAUCGUCGCAAAACGCCGUCCUUUCAUGGGUCUCGUCAAUUUUGGGAACAGGAAAAAGUCGCUGGGGACAAAAUCUGGCGAAUACGGUGGCUGAAACAUGAUAACGAUGUUAAUUUUGGCUAAAUAUAUCUCACAAGCAAAGAGGGAGUGAGCAGGUGCAUUAUCAUGAUGCAAAAGCCAUACCUUUUUUUUCCCACAAUUCUGUUCGUUAUUUUUCGUAUUGUUUCACGCAAACGGCGCAUAACUUCAAGGUAAUACUCCUUAUUUACCGUAGGACCUUGUUGAAAGAAUUUCUGAUGCACUACGCCAUGUUAAUCGAAGAAAACAGUGAGCAAAGCCUUGAGAUUUGAUCGAACUUGACGUACUUUUCUUGGCCUUGGCUCUCCUGGACUCUGCCAUUGUGACGAUUGGGCUUUGGUUUGGAUACCAUACCUUCAUGCUCAAAAUUUUCGAAAAGAUUGCAUGGCAUGAGUCGACCGAUAUGCCGACAUCCUCAGCAACUGCUCUAAUUGUGAUGCGACGAUUCUCCAUAACAAUUUUCUUCACUUUCUCAGCAUUUUUGUCGGUUGUUGAUGCGCUGGAGCGUUUACAGCGAGCGUCAUCAUUCACAACUUCUCGACCUUCUGUGAAAAGCUUGUACCACUUGUAAAUAUUUUUUUGACUCAGAGUACUCUCACCGUUUGGCAAUGCCAACAUUUCAAGUGUUGUUAAGCACUUAAUUCCACUUUUUACACAAAAUUUGAUGCAAAAAAAAAUUAAAAAAUAGUCGAAAUAACCGUGAGAAUUUGAGAAUUCACCUAAUUUUUUGAACACCCCUCGUAUAUUUUUUGGAAAUGUUGCUAGAAUGACAGACCUUAAUCGCAUAUUAAAUCGCCUAAUGUUUACUCAAGCAUUGUGGAAAUAUUUUUUCGAACUAAGCCAGCGUCACUGUACGGGGGUGAAAUUAAAACAAUCUAGGAUGACAGCAUUGGGUCGACCGCCGUAGCCGAAUGGGUUGGUGCGUGCCUACCAUUCGGGAGUGUGUAGGCGCGAAUCGUCGUGAUAGAUAGUUUUUCCUAAUAGCGGACGCACCUCGGCAUGCAAUAGCAAACCUCCGAGUGUAUUAUUAUUAUAUUCUUGUGCUGUAGUUCCCCUGGCGAAAAGUAAAUAAACGGCUUUUUAAAUAAUUGCAUAUAUCCACUUUCGUUUGGUAUCCAUAUUAACAACAUUGAGUGGGUGUAAGUAUUCAAGGCACUUGCCUCAUUUGAUAUGGUAUUUUUUGGGUGUUUCUUUGAAAGCGCGUGAAACGGAAACGAAAUUUUUUUUUUUAUUUUUGUUUUCAGUACUUUAUUUUUUGAUCGAUUGUUAAAAAAUGGUCUUCCAAAACAAGGCAUGUCGCUGGCGACACGAAUUCCGGGACUCUCAGAAAGGCAAAAAGGUUCUUGAUCGGUAUGAAUGUCGUUAUCGUGUGAACUACGAUCUUAAAAAAAAAAAACGAUUCGUGUAGCGUAGUACACAUAACAGAAGUGAAACUUUCAAGGCAGACACAGAAAGAGGGAGAGACCCGAGAGGGAAUGAGAGAGAGAGAAAGAAUAUAUAUCUAAAUAAAUUUACAACAUUUGAAGAGAAUGACAAAAUUUACAAAAAACGUAGUCGACCGGUGUAGGUAAACGCAGGACACAAACCGUGGCAACAACGCUCACUACUCCGAGCGUUUAUCACCCGCACAAACCAAAAUAUAUUUCCUACAAGUGUGCACCAACCAACAAGCGCCAAAAAGUAGGCAGUGUUAUUUCUCACAAGAAAUUAGUAACCACAAGGAAAAACUCAGGAAAAAUAGCCUAAAGUGUAUCUAAGAUAUACAUAUAUAAGGUAUAGCUCUCUCUCUCCUUUUCCUCUACGUUAUAUCUUUUUUCUCUCUCGCGGAACGAAAAUGCCGAAACGUUGCAUGGCCUUGAAAUUUUACUCUCCAUUCUCGUUCAUCCAUCGACGCCUAAGAAGUUUCACUUCAAAAAGUUGAAAAAAUCGCGGACGUUCAAAGAUGAAAAAUCUUUUUUGACCCUUUUUCUUGAUUUUGAAAGUCCAAAAAAAAAUACUACAAUUUUUUUCCGAAUGAUCUGAUCGUAGUUCACACGCUAACGACACCACUUUUACGUCAUUUAUAACGUUAUAAUUUUAUUUCAUCAAAAUCGUUUCAGUAGAACCAGCUAUAUUUGUGUCCAUUGUUAAGGUGAAGACCAUAUUUUGAAGGCUGACAACUUUUUGAACGAACUGCGUAUGGUCAAAAAAUUUGUUUUAUUUUUUAACAAUAGAUCAAAAAAUAAAAUACUCAAAACAAAAAUAAACAAUCUGUUUUCGUUUCCAUUUUACACGUUUACAAGGCGAGGGCCUUAAAAAUAAUUUUUGGAAACUUUAGUUCUUUGAAAUUUAAAAGUCCCUUUGAAAAUUAAAUCAAUGAAAAAUAAAAAUGAAAAACUGAGUAUGCAGCAUUACUAUAUAAAAUCUAUAGUUUCACAUACUUAUUUUGUUUACAAUUGGGACGUAAAUCGUUUCUCAGGCGUUUAUCCGAAUUGGUUAUCGUUAAUGUUGCGUUCGAAAAAUCAGGUGGAGAGGGACUUGGCUUUACUUGGUGUUUUCAAUUGGCGCCGGUGAGCACGAGCAAGAAACGGCUGUCGCGCUUUGUUAAACUCGGCCAAAAUCGCUUAAGCGGUUAUCGCGCCAUUCAGGAAGAAGAAGAAGAAUGUUGUCCCACAAAUAGAGGGGUGUACUGUUUCAUUGUCGUGUCCGAAAAUAAGAUGAGUUUUAAGCGUGGGUUUUCAUGUCGAAAAGAUAAGUACAUUGCCUGCUGUACAUUUUCCAAAGAAUCUGGUAAAUUCUCACAGGACUACCUAUGUAUCUCUGUCUCUGUCUCUAUUUCAUCCUAUAUCUUUCUCUCUUUUACUUCUAUCCUUUCCUCCUUAACUAACAACCCUUUUACUUUCCAGAGCUCGAAUACGAUCGGCUUUUUAGUUUGAGUUUUUUAGGAGCUACCAUUCUCUCGGUGCUUCUUGGCUUGCCUUUUUCAAAUUUCAAUUUCACACUGCCUGCUAAGGUGUGCUUGCUUUUACAAAAAACAAUUUUCUAUGAGCUUGAAUGGUAAUCACGGACAAAUCCACUCAAAACAUCAAAUAGUGGUUUGAAAUUUAGGAACUUUCAUGCAACAAUAUACGAAACUGAUUUUUUUUGCUAGUCAAUUGCUUAAUUUUACAAAAAUAAAAACAUAGCAUUAAUACAUCAUGUUUCGACUUGACUUUAGCAACAUUUAAAAAGAAAAACAUUAAAAAUUGCAAAUGUUAUCGCUGUUUGUGUGGAGCGCGUUUCUCCAGAAGUCCCUUGCGGUAAUUAUCACAACUCCUUGGAGAUUCAUCUAAAAUCAACCGGGCAAGAGAAACUAGUUUUAUUAAUAGACAAUCUUGUGCCUGAUCGAAGCUUUUUUUUCAAAAUUAACAAUAUGGCGGCCUCAGGAAAUAUUUUUCGGAUUUUCGAUAAAAAACCGACAUUAAUUGUUUAAAACAAAUCGAAAUUUUUGAAUAAAAACAAAUCCUUCGAUCAGGCACGAGCAGUAUAAAUUUUAUUGACAUCUACCAAGCGGUUUUUAAGUUACAGUGAUCCCCAGUUCAAAAAACAUAGUUUGUGUGGCAUCUAUUCCUGGGCCAUAUAAUAGUUCUUCAGCCGUCAUAGCAGCUUCCAAAAUAUCGAUUUGCUGUUGCCUACGUAUCAUUCCGCCUUCUCGAGUGUUAUCGUUAGCGCGCUUAUCUACCACUUUCAUAGCUACUUGCUCUCAAACGCUCCGGUGCGCCCGAGCGACAUUUGUUAAUUGUUGAAUAACUCGAAAAGUAUUGGUCGGAUCCACUUCAAUUUUUCACUGAAUAUUUUUAAGAUAUUAUACUUUAAGAAAAUGCAAAAAACAAUCCAAUUUUUUUGAAAAUUCUGACUAACCCUAACAUAAUAAUAAUAAUAUCAUAAUAAUGACUAUAGAGUUCCAACUUAAGCUAUACGUGAAAGUAUUUUCCAAAAAAUAUUUAUCUCAAUGUUGCCACCAUUUUUAACGUAAAUAUUUUUUGUUUUGUGCCAGUAAAAUUAAGCUAACUCCGUGCUAAAGGACAACCCUCCGUUGGACAACUUUUUUAAAACGUUCGAUUGGGCACCGAGAACUGACCUUUUUCGACCUGUUCGGGUAUCCUCAUUAAAAGGUUACGUCCAUAAGUUGAUAGAAAUCGAAUUUUAGGAAGCUACCUGGAAGCUCAAGUCGUUAGCUAUAAUAGAAAUAUAUCAAAUUAACGUCUAAAGUCGAAAAAAUCUAACCAGACCCGAGGGCCCAACGGAGGAUUAAAUCACUUUGAUGCAAUGGCAAUUGCAUGCAAACUUAGGCAAUUAAAUGCGCUAUUUAACCAUAGUUAAGUGUAAACUGUAGUUAAAGCUCGAUGAAAAUAAGCCUUAAUAUUCAAAAAGCGUUCGCAUAGUCAUAAGACUUGCAAAGGAGGGUAAAGUGAGAGAGCUAAGCAUCACUUCAUUUUCGGUUGUUAAUUUUUGCUAAGCGAAUUUCUGCACGCAAAAAUUUAUAAAAAAAAACAAAAUAAAUAAUUGGCGCGUACUCUUCUGUUAGGUGUUUGGCCGAGCUCCUCCUCCUAUUUGUGGUGUGCGUCUUGAUGUUGUUCCACAAAUGGAGGGACCUAUAGUUUCAAGCCGACUCCGAACGGCAGAUAUUUUUAUGAGGUAGAAAUACAUGGCAGAAAUACACUCGGAGGUUUGCCAUUGCCUGCCGAGGGGCGACCGCUAUUAGAAAAAUGUUUUUAUUAAUUUUGCUUUCACUGAGAUUCGAACCAACGACCUCUCUGUGAAUUCCGAAUGGUACUCGCGCACCAACCCAUUCGGCUACGGCGGCCGCAAAAAUUUAUAAGCAGCUGAUCAAAGAGAAAAGAAGAAAGAAAAAAGUGUUAAGAAAAAAAUUUGAGAAAAAGUAGAGAAAAAAUUAUAAAUAAUUAAGGGGGUAUUCUAGUGUAGAGGCUUAAAUUUCGUCCGAGUUUUGAAGCGACGAUAGAUACCAGUUUUGUUCGAUAGGUAUGAUGAAAAAAAAAUUCUGAGGGGAACUUUGGACUCUACGUAAUUCGUUUUGUGUUUCACAAAAUUUAGCUUUAGCUUAGUAAAACACAAAACGAAUGACGUCGGCAUAUCUGUCAAAUUCGCUCAGAGCCGAAUAAUGGUCUGCUAGGUAGUAUACCUAUAAAAAUCUUUUCACCAUGAUUCCAACCCUCCUGGUGAUCUGAAAAAUAAAAACCAAACGGAUCCUUAAUUAUUAUAGAUGCCGCUAUCGAAUGAGCUUUGGACAAGUCAAAAAACAAUUUGUUUCACAAUAUGGCGGCUGUUAAAAAAAAAUUUGUUUGCAUAUUUCCGAUUUCCGAUUUUUUUUUUAAAUACUAAAUGAAAAAUUAUAGUUUCAAGCUAGAGUCAUCCGAUGAAGGAAUGUAUAAAGAGCAUUCUACCCAAAAUUUGAAGUAAAUCGGUAUAUUAGAACUCGAGAUAUCCUUACCACCAGCUCGAAAAAAGUACCUCGCGUUCAAAGUUUUCGGAACCGAUGCCAUAUCACCAAAAAGGCUAUAACUCAUGAAAUAAACGGAAUUUUAAAAAAUUCGCUUAAUGAAGUAUUUUAAAUAUCUAAACUUUGAAAAUAUGCAAAAAAAAUUAAAUUUUUUCAGAAUUCUACACUAGAAAAUGGGUUUUAUAUAAUUGGCAAAUUUCUUAGGUAAAUCUUGUUUGAGUCAGCCUCAACGCGAACAAAUCGUUGCCAAAAAUUACAAUGCAGUAUGAAAACCAAUUUGGAAAUUUUUUCCCACAUAUUUUUAUUUUUGUAUUUCAGAGUAAUUAUUUAUUCACAUACCAUCCACAAUAAUGCCGAAUGCAAGGCGCAUCUAUUCGAGGUGGUGACAUUCGAGCGGUAACAACAUUUUUUAAAUUGGAUCUGUCAAGCGAAAGAGAAUCGAAGAAUGGCAAAUAGAUAAAAUUAGUUUGUCGCGCAUUCGCAACACAACAACAACUUUCCGUCGUUCCGUUUCACUGGCAUUUCUAAAUUAAAGGCGAAUGGAGAGAAAUCAGCUGCUGCUCUAACCAAACCACCUUCUAUAGAUACGCCUUGGCUGUAUGUUUUUAUAGAAAAUUUUCGAGUUCAAACAACAAGGCAAGGGGCUUCACAUUAACUUGGAAAUUUGUUGUUCGUUACUGGUACUAAACAGCCCUAUUCUGUGUAUGCUGUGCCACUACCGAGAUAUGCGUGUUGUGUAAUUUUGUGUUGAGCUUCCAUAUUAUAUGUAUACAUAUUUCAAUUCAAUUCUAUAUAUUUUAAUCAAAAAAUUACAAGGUAGUUUCCAAAUGUAACCAAUAUUAAGGCUGAUCACCUCAAAAAUCAAAACAAAACAAAAACUGCAACUUUAAUUUUUUCAUACAAAAUAAAAAUUUAAUUAAAAAAUACCUGCACUUCCUUCCUCAACGCUCUCUCUCCUUUUGAGUACUUUGAAGUUAAAUAAAAUGGAUAAAGCAUUAAAAAAUGGAAACAACAUUAUUUUUGUGUUAAGCUGAAUCGAAAAUUCUUUCAAUUAAUUUCUCAUUUUUAUAAUUUUUUUUUUUUUUGCAAAGCAUAAAUGAGUUGCACUUGUAUGGCAAUUUUUUAGAGAUGCAUAAAAUUAUUAGAAAAUGCGCUAUAAGCUAUUUUUUAUGAAACUAAAGAUUAUUGAAUAAGAAUUAAUUUCAAUUCGAAGAUACUUUUAUCGAAACUGAAGUGAAAGAUUCCAAUAGAAAAUCAAAAAUUAAACAAAACAGAAAAUUAGAUAUAAAAAAGAAUAGUAACUUAAUUAUUUGUUAAGGGAACGAAAAUUGAGAAACUUCAAAAUUAAAAAAAAAAACAAGAACAAGAACAACAAAAAGCAGUAGUAAAACCGAAAACGAAGUGGCACUGCAAAAUUAUCAAACGCAAAGUAAGGAUCUGAAAGUGAAAAUAAAGUUUACAAGUAGAUACUAGAAUGAUUGCAAAAGAAAUGAAAAUAAAAAAUAAAUUAAAAAUUCAAAAAAUGUAUUGGAACUGGCACAAAAAUUAGAAUUAAAGCAAAAUUUUUGAAAAUGAAAAAAAGAAAAAAAUAUAAAAGAAAUCAAGGCGAAUCUAUCAAAGGUGAUGUUCGUAAAUCAGCUGAGUUGUUUUUUUCUUUCGCCGUGUCCAUGUGGCUAUCAGCUCGGAAUGAAACAAGGCGAAUUGAUUUUUUUUUCUAGUUUCUCAAUACUUUGCUUUGACAAUCAAACGUACAGAAUAGUGUUGUUUGUCUAGUGCCCCCGCCUUGAAAGAAAUAGAAAAAAAUAUUAAAAUUUCAAAAAUUUAUUUGGAGUGGCACAAAAAUUACAAUUAAAGCAAGGCGCAUUCAUUAAAUGUGGUGGCACUAGACAACAACAAUGUUUACUACGUUUGUUUGUCAAAUAAAAGAAAAACAGAAAACAAAGAAUGAAUUCACCUUGUUUCAUUCUGGGCUGACAGCCACAUUGACAUGGCGAAAGAAAAAAACAAAAACAAAUCAGGUGAUUUACCGAUACCACCUUUAAUAGAUUUGCCUUGAAUUAAAAUAAAAUUUUUGAGAAUGAAAAAAAAAAACGAAAAAUUACAAAAUAAAUGAAAGAAAAAUAUAUUAAAAUUUCAUAAAAUUCUUUUGAAGAGGCACAAAAAUUACAAUUGAAUCAACAUUUUUGAGAUAAAAAAAAACGAAAAAAUUACAAAAGAAAUGAAAAAAAUAUAUUAAAAUUUGAAAAAUUUUAUUGAAGUGACACAAAAAUUACAAUUAAAGCAAAAUUUUGGAGAAUGACAAAAAGACGAAAAAAUAACAAAGAUAUGAAAGAGAAUAUUAAAAUUUCAAAAAAUUUAUGUGAAGUGGCACAAAAAUUGCAAUUAAAGAAAAAAAUUUGGAGAACGAAAAAAGAGAAAAAUUAUAAACAGACACACUAAAAAAUAAAAACGAAAUAACUUUGCAAAGCAUGGAUUCAAUUUUAUUGUAGCAUUACUUUGUAUCAAAAAUAUAUUUUUUUUAAUCUAUGCAAACAAAUAAUGUAAUAAGUAGAUUUCGACAAAACACAACAAAAAAUAAAUAAAAAUAAAGACAAAACAUUUAACAAAAUUCUAUUAAAAAAACAUAAAUAUUUCUUCGCUUAAAUAUGCGAUUUUCUUAAAGUGCUGCUAAAUUAACUGAAUUCGUGGCAAAAUUGAGAUAAGUUAGUAGAUGUAAUUUUUGUUUUGUGUUGUUUAUUGUAUUUCACAUAACCACAAAAAUAAAAAAUAAAAAUUAAAAAAUAUGCUGCUAAAUUAACUGGCAAAAUUGUGUUAAGUAAGUAAUUACAAGCUUUUUUCUAUUGUACGUAAGUCUGUACAAGAAUUUUUUUUCACAUAACCUCAAAAAAAAAAAAAAUUAGUUUGUUCAUUAAAUACAUACAAAAAUCACAAAAAUAAAAACAAUAUAUUUUUUUAAAUUAAAUACUACUUGCAAAGUGCAAAUUGAAAUCAACAAACUUCCCAUCUCAAGCAACAAGUAAAAAAAUAAAAUUAUUUUAUUGUAUAUAAUUUCAAAACUAAAUUUGAGACAGAAAAUUGAAUUUCUAUCAUGUAUAAUACAAAAUAAUGAAAGAGUAACGCAGAACCAAAAAACAAAUGAAAAAAAAAAUACAAUAAACAAAUCAGUCUUAGCGUUUUAUAUUACUUUUUGGCUAUUAUUUAAUUUUUUUAUAUUAUUAUUUUUAUUCAAUUUUUUUUAUAUUAUUUAAUUUUAUUUCAUUAUUAUUAUUAUUUUGUUUCAUUUAAUUUAUUAUUAUUAUUAUUUUUAAACUGAUCGCAGUUUCAGGCACUCUUAGGAAGUAUUUAGAAUUGGAAUACCCCCCAAAACAAAAAAAAAAAACAAUAACGUCUAAAGUAACUCAUAUAAACCAGUAUACCUACAUAAAUUAAUAAAUAGCGUGGAUGUAUAUACAGUAUUCAGCCAAAAAAUUAGAAGCCCUAUAUAAUUAUCAGCUCUGUCUAGGAAAUAACUUAAAAUGUAAAAAUAUUCAAAUUAACUGUCCCUUUUAGUUAACCAGUGCAAAGUAAGCUUAACCAAACAGUUUUUUUCACAAAUUCUUACUUAAAAAAAUACUAUAUAUAUAUAUUUGAGAAACUUACUUCACAGAAAUGCAUAGAACGGCGAAGUAAGGUACAUUUGCCUUGGUAAAUAUCAUUUAAAGAAAAACAAACAUUAUUUUACUAAAAUUGAAAUAAAAAUUUUUUUUUUUUGGUUGGAUACAGUAUAUUCGUCACACACUGUAGUAGUCGUACGUACAUAUAUACAUAUGUUCAACUAUUCAGUGUAAUAUUAAGAAAAAAAAAAACACAAGCAUGCAUUCAAACAUACA